AUGUCUGAUACAAGUUUGUUUGUGAAAGUGGAUGGGAGUGAUGUUAUUGUACUCCUUUUAUACGUUGAUGACAUUAUUUUGACUGGAUCUAAUACUGAGAAGAUUCAAUUUGUGAUUGACAAUCUUGCAGAUGUGUUCGAUUUAAAAGAUAUGGGCACAUUGGCAUAUUUCUUGGGAUUACAGGUUCAAUAUAAUGGAGAUGGAUCUUUAUUUGUGAAUCAAUCGAAAUAUACGAAGGAAUUGGUGAAAGAGGCUAGAAUGGAGCACUGUAAAUCGACUUCAACACCUUCCAAACCACAUUCACAGUUACUUACAAUUGAGGGAACACCAUUGUCUGAUCCUACACACUAUAGGAGCCUAGUUGGAGCUUUACAGUAUCUUACUUUUACUAGGCCGGAUAUUGCACACUCAGUCAAUGUUAUAAAUGCAUACUCUGAUUCUAACUGGGUAGCAGACAUUAACACAAGGAGAUCCAUUACUGGCUAUGUUGUUUACGUAAGUUCAAAUCCGAUUUCAUGGCAGUCAAAGAAACAGGAAACGGUGUCUCGAAGUUCCACAGAAGCCGAGUACAAAGCCUUGGCACACUGUGCUGCAGAUGUGUUCUGGAUCUGA